AUGAAUAAACAAAAUGAUUCCAAUUUACCUGAUUAUACUAUAUUCAAUCGUGAAAUAAAUAAUACAUCAUCACCAAUACAAAAAAAUACUUCAACAUCAUCAUCGUCAUCAUCAUCAUCACCAUCAAAAAACAAAAUUCAAUCUUAUGAAAAAAUACUUAAUAAACCUUCAACGUGUUCUCCAAAACGAAAAUUAAAUUCCUAUGCAAGUACAGAUGAAGAUGUUGAUGAAUUUAAUUUAGAUUGUUCAGAUCAUAUUGAUCGUUCCUUGACAACAAUUCAAACAUAUCGUGAUAAAUUAAAUGCACGUUUACAAGCUGAACAAUCUGAUACAAAUUCAACACGUCGACGAAUAACAUCGAUGGAAUAUUCUCAAAAUACAAUUGAUUCAGGUGUUGAUAUAUUAAGUGAACAAAAAUUAUUACAAUCAAAAAUUGAUGAACAAUAUUCAGAAGAAACAACAAAUCAAAAUGAUUUAUUUGCUUUAUCAGAUGAUUCAUUACUUGAUAUUGAAUCACCACAAAUCAAUGAUUUAUCACUUAAACCUAUAUCGAUCAUUAAUGAGAAAUCAAUAUCAUUAACUGAGGAGAGUAAUGAAGGAAAAAGUUUUUUAACAGCUAUAACUGAUUUUCCAUUGAUUAUUACAAGUGAACGUGGGCCAUCAAAUACAAGUGAACACUAUUAUUCAGCUGAAAGUGAAUUUAAUACAUCAUUAUCAUUUCAAAAUAAUGAUACAAGUAAUAUAAAUGAAUAUGAAAAUAAUAAUACUAAUAAUAAUGAUCAUAAUGAAAUAAAUAAUCCUAAUCUAGAAAUACAACAAAUAUCAUCAGAAUAUUCUCAAACAAAUACAAUUGAUAUGAAUGUUAAAAUAUCAACAUUUGGUGAUUGGAUUGAUCAAGUAUUUACAACAUUUCUUGCUGAAACAAAUCAACAACAAUCAUCAUCAACAAGUCGUUCAUCAUCAAUCAUAUCAAUACAUACAUCAACAAAUACAAUUGAUACAUCAUCAUCACAAGUUUUAACUGUUAUUGAAAAUAAUAAAAAUAAUGAAACUUUAACAAUUAUAUCAAAAAAUUCAAUUAAAACCGAUAAUAAUAAUCAAAUGAAUUUUUUACAUUGUCGUUCACAAUCAUGGCCAAGUAAUGAACAGCAACAACAAGAUGAGAAAAAUUUUAAAGAAUUGUCAAAUUCAAGUUUGAGCAAUGAAAAUAUUGAUUUAAAUUCAUAUGAAAAUGUUUCUAAUAAUGAAAACAUUAAUUCUAUAAACGAACAAGAUGUCAAUAAACAAUCAACAUCAAUGCAACUGUCAUCAAUUGAAAAUAAUGAUGAAGAGGUGAUUAACAAGGAAACAAUGCAAAAUAACUAUCUUCAUCAUCAUACAACAAGUAGUACGACUCCCUCUAAUACCGAUCAAAUUCAUAUAGACGAUGAAAAUUUUUCGUUUUCGAAUUUAACAACUACAACCACAAAUAAUAUUAUUGAUGACGUGGGAACGGUAGAAGAAACAGAACAUAUUGACGAUGAAAAACAAACUGAAAUUGGAGUCGACGAUGACAACAAAAACGACAGCCCACUUAUACAAGUGGUAAUACCAGAUGAAUCAUCAUCAUUUUCAUUCGAUGAAGAAUUUCUCUAUUGUCAAACACCACAAAAUCAACAUACGAAUAGUCAUGAUUCAUUACUUCAAGCUGAUCAUCAUAUAAUGAACAAUAUAAAUACAGCAGCAUCAUCAACAGAUGAUUUAUCAAGUACAAAUCAAUUAUCAUUAUCAGCAUUUCCUUCAAAAGAUUCGGCACUUGGUUUAUCCGAUGAUAAUUUAAAUUGGAUACAAACGAAACAAUCUAUCAUUAGAAAUAAUUAUGAUCAUGAUGAUGACGAUGAUGUUGAUGAUGAACAACAAGAACAACAAAUAUCAUUAUCAUCGUUAUCAGUUCAAUAUGAUAAAACAGUUGACAAUAAUGAAAUUCAGGAUAAUGCAAAUAAUAACAAUAUUGAUAAGAAUGAAAUGUUAUGUGAACAUAAUAAUGAUGAUGAAAAUGUUCCUAAAAAUACGUCAACAAUGAUUUGUAUUAAUGAUCAAUCACAAAUAAUAAAACCAUCUAAUUUAACUGAACAUGUUGAACGAACAAUAUCAUCAAGUUCAUCAGAACAAUUAAUACCAAAAGAAAAACAAACAGGUAUGUAUUAUCCUGCAUUUGGUAGUUCAGCUGCUAUACAUUUAGCUGAAAAAUAUCAUUGUGAAUGGUUACAAGAUGUCACAUCACCAACAAAUACAAUACGAAAAUCAUCAACUAUAAUUAAUGAUAAUAAAGAAGCAUCUGAUUCUCGUAUAUUUCAUCAAAAUCAAACAAUAGGUGAUGAUGAUGAAUUUUAUUUAUCAUUACAAACUCUUCAACCAUCAUAUUCAUGUCCUAAUAUAAAUACAUUAACAAUACGUGAAACACAACGUCAACGUUCAUAUUCUUUAACAACAUUAGAUGCUUAUGCAUGUUUAGAUAUCACACGUGACACUCUUGAACAAAUGUGGCUUUCAUUACUUGAUCUUGCAUUCAGUGAUAAAGAUGAUGUUGAAUUAGGUGAAUAUAAAUUACGUCAUAUUAUUGGCUUAUCAAAUUCAUGUACACAUAAUACAUUAUUAGAAAAAUCUCGUAGUCAUGGUGAUAUUUUUUCCACAACAAAUGAAAAUCCUCAAGAAAAAUUUAUUAAAAAAAAAUCAAAAUCAUUUGAUAUAACAUCAUUACCAAAAUUAUCAACAUUAACAACAACAGGAACAGGAAUAGAAAAAACUAAAAAUGAUUCAGCUAAUAUUGGUCUUUUACAAGGUGCUGCUAUAUCAGAACCAUUUAUUGAUCGUAUUGGUCCAAUAUCAUCAAUACAAUCUGAUACAGAAAAUAAUUUAAUGGAUAUUGAUAAUGAUAGUAUACAAUCAAAUGAACAAGAUAAUCAUCUUACUGAUGAACCAUAUUCACCAAUAAUAAUAAAUCAAAUAACAUCACCUGUUAUAAAAGAACCAUUAAAUUAUAUAUUUCAUUUUACACAACAAUUAGAAAAUCAAAAUCAUAAUAAUAAUGAUGAUGAAUAUGAUCUUGAACCAAUGAAUGAUAUUUCUAGUUAUUUACCUAAUAUAAAUUUACCAAUAAAUCAAAUAUUUGGUGAUGAAGAUAAACAAUUGUGUAUGUCCUUGGGUUUUGAUGAUGACGAGGCAACAGCUGCACUUGCUGCUGCUGUCGUACAACCAAGAGAUAUACAAGCUAUUUUAGCUGACUAUAGACCACAUUCAUUAUCAACAAUACCAAGUUCGAGAGAAAGUCAAUAUGCAUCAAGUAUUGAUGAUAGUGAUGACAUUAUUGAUUUACAUGACAAUAUAAAAAAUACAAUUGGUAUUAAUCAAGAAAAUAUAUUACAAGUUGAUAAUACAGAAGACGAGGAAGAGGAAGAGGAAGAAGACGAUAGAGGAGAAAUUGAAUCAAAUAUUUCAUCAUCACCAUCAAAACCAUUAUCACCUAUACAAAGUCGUUCAUCAACACCAUCAGAACGUAAUCAACAACUACAACCUUCAAAUUUUUCUGAUAUUGAUCAUGAUGCAUGGGAACGAUCAAUAAAUGAACCAAUUUAUUCUAAUGAUCUAUCAAUUAAACAUAAUAAUAAUGAUGAAGAAAAUUUAUUUACAACAUAUACAGAUAAUUUAACAUCAAUUGUAUCUAUACCAUCACUUGAACAAUCACAACUCUUUACAAUUGAUGAAAUUGAACCAACAAUAAUUGUAAAUGAAUCUGAAGAAAAUAAUUUUAUUGAACAAACAACAACAAUAACAACAGCAACAACAAUAAAUAUAAAUAAUAAUUUAAUAAAUUUUUCAAUACACGAAGAUUAUAUUGAAAAUAUGGAUAAUAAUCAAUAUGAAAAUAAAUCAACAAAUUCAACACGUACAUCAAUAUCAUCUAUACAUGAUACACAUCUUGAUCCAAAUGAAUUAGCAUAUCGUUUAGCACGUUUAGAUUCAUCAAAUAUAUCAAGUCCACCUAAAAAAACAUUAGCUGAUGAAUUAGCUGAAUUAGGUGAACGAGAAAAUCAUUUUGAAAAUGAUUCACUUGAUCAUACACCACCAUUGGAACAAGAAAGUAAUGAACAAAAUGAAAAUUUACUGUCAUCAUCAUCAUUAAAUAUUGAUCAACUUACAACUAUUGUUAAUGAUAUACAAAAAAUCAACCAAGAAAAAUCUAUUUCAUCACUUUGUACAAUUAUUGAAGAUAUACAUGCAGAAAAAAAUAAUCAAUAUUUAACAAAAAUUGUUGAUUAUCAUCAUUCACCACCUAUAUCAAAUUUACAAACAAUUAUAAUGGAAUUAAAUCAAAUAUCUAUGAAAAAACUUCUUUCACGUCCACAACGACCAACACAUCUUGAACUCGAUAUUGAAGAAGAUAUUCAAGAAUAUGAUGAACAAAGUUUAUCACCAAUGAUUAUUGAUAAUAAUAUUCCAAUAUCAUCAAAUCUUAUUUCGAAUCUUGAACAAAAUCUAGCUGAAUAUAAAAUAAAAUCACCAUCACCUUCUCCUCCUUCACCUCCUGUUAUUUCAUCACCACCACCACCACCACUACUACCACCAUCAUCAUCAAUGACAAGACGAAUAAGUGAUAUAUUACCUGUACAUUCAAAUCGUUAUCAAACGCAUCGUAUUGAUAAAGUAUCGGAUCUUGAAAUAGUUAAACAAGGCAAAGGUUUUAAAAUUGGUUAUGUUGACCGACAAGGUACAGAUCAACGUGUUAUAUUAACAAAACGUAUUCAAGCUGGACCUGAUAUUAUGGCACGUGAUCCACAUGUUCGUUUACCAUAUAAAGGUCGAAAAAUUUUAAAUCAAGCUUUUAGUUCAAUUUUAUAUACAAACGGUUAUAAUACAAUACAAGAAGAUAAAAAAUUUGAACGUACAUCCGAUGAUAUAGAAGUACCUAUUAUUGGUACUAAUCCUCAACAUUUUGAUGAGUCGGAUAUGGUAUCCAUUGAUAUUGAUGGUCCAUCAACAAUGCUUAAUUCGAUAUGUGAAUCAAUUGUUAUAACACAAGGUUCAGUUUAUACAAAUAAUUCUUUAAAAUCUUCUCAAGAAAAACCUUUAAAUCAAUCAAUAACAAGAAAUAUUUUCGAUAAUACUAAUAAUAAUUUCAAUUCAACAUCAUCAUCACGUUUACGUCAUGUUGUUUUAGAUCAACAUGAAGAAUAUCUUCUUGAUACUUCUCAUACACCAACACCAACAAAUAAAAAAGAUAAAAUUGAAAUAAUUGAUACAUGGCAAGAUCAUACAAUAAUUGAUGGUAGUAGUACAACAUGGCGUAGUCCAUCAUUACAUGCAUAUAAAGCAACAAAACAUAUUGAACCAUCAAAUCAAGUUCAAACAUUUAUUUCAACAAUUGAACCAAAUCUCGUUCAAAUGCGUAUAGCACCAUCACAUGAUAUUAAAUAUCGUACAAGUGAACAUAUUGAAAUACCAUCUGAUUAUAAUUGGAAUGAUGAAUCAUCAACAACACCAACACCAAUUAAACAUACACCAAAAACAACACGUGAUAUGGCAUUAUCACCUAUAUUAAUUGAUAAUAAAACUUAUAAAACAUCAAGUACAUCACCAAUAGGACAACAUCAAGAAAAAAUCGAUCGUUCAUGUCAAUAUAGUCCACCUAUUCAACAUGAUUUUGGUUUACAAUGUUAUGUUAAUAAUUCUACAACAUCAACACAAGUAUCAUCAUAUGAAAUACCUAAUUUUUUAUUAACAUAUGAUGGUAUACAAACAAUCCAUGAUAUAAAUCAAACAUUUGAUGAUUCAGGUAUUCAAACACAUAUUCAAACAAUUUCACCAUCAUUAUCAAUAGCAUCAUCUGAUCAUCAACAAAGUAUUCAUACAGGAAAAGAUUUUAUUAGAAAAUUAAAUGAUAGUAAUAAUAAUAAUCAUGCAUCAGCAUUAACAAUAACACAAUAUACAGAUGAUCAUUAUUAUUUACCAACAAGUGAUAAUAAUAAUAAUAAUAAUAAUCAAACAAUAAUGAAUACACGUUUAACAACACUUGAACGUAGUGCUGAUUCAGGAAUUCUUGUUGACGAACAGUUAUUACGUAAUCGUCGUAAUAAAGCAAAUUUUGCUUUACAAGUUGAUAUAAAAGGUUCAUCGUCGGAUAGUGAAGAUGUAUCUGAAGUAACACGACGUCCAUUUAAUCGUAUAAAAUCAUCCAUAAAUGAUGAUAUGUAUGAACAUCAUAGUGAAUUAAUAAUAACAGCUCCAAAUUCAAAUAAAAAUCGACAACAUUCAUCAAUAAAUAAUAAACAUUUAGAACAAUCAAUAAAAUCAGCUAAAGAAAUUGAACAACAAAUUUUACAAUUACGUCGUGAACGAGCACAUAUACUUGAGUUACUUUCAUUAAAUUGGAGUCGAUCAAAUAUAUGGGUUGAAUUAACUGAAGCUAAAUUAAAUUAUAUUAUUGGAGAAACAGAUGCAUUACUUCGUUCAUUAUCAUUUGAUACUAAUCCAAUUGAUAGUGAAAGAGUUAAAUUAAUAAUGCAUCAAUAUGAAGAAGAUAUGGCAGAAUUAACACGUCAACGUUUGGCUGUUUAUCGUGAACGUUUAGAAAAUUCAAAAAAGCAAUUAGAUAUGAAAAUAGAUGAAUUAGAAUUAAAAAAAUCUACACUUGAACAAAAUACAUCACAUUAUUCAACACUUGAAUAUAUGCCACGUGUUGAUAAUGUUAAACAUUCAAAAUCAUUUUUAAGUACAAGUGCUGAAAAUCUAUCUAAUAUGCCUUUACAAGAUAGUAUAUCCAGUCAUCCACAUUUACUGGAUAUAUCAUUUUUAACAUCAACACCAUCAAAUCAAACAAUUGGUCUUCCACCACGUUAUCCUCGUUCACCACGUCUUCCUCAACAAUAUCAAUCAUCCGACACAUAUAGAACUGUUUAUCGUCCAACACCACGUUAUCCAUCAACAAUAACAACAUCAAAUGAUCAACGUUAUGAUUAUCCACGUUAUAGAACAACAUCAUAUGUAACACCAAAUGGUAAUUUAUCUGGUUUACAAGGUCUAAGUAAAAGUCAACAAGCUAUAUUAGAUGAAACAGAUAAAUUAGUUAAAGAUUCACAAGAACUUCAUAAUGAAUCAGCAUCACAAUUUGAACGUGCACGAGAAAGUUUAUUAUCAAGUGAAGCAUCAAUACGAUUAGCACGAGCGAAUAUGGCUGCAUCACGUUAUUCACCUAAUUCAAACUAUUUACCAAAUGACGUUACACUUGCAGAAUUAUUUAAAUAUGAACAGUCAUUAGCUAAAGAAACAGCAAAAAAUACUCGAGCAUAUUCAUCUCUAUCAACAAGUGCGGAAUCUUAG